CAGUCACAUAUGAACUUGCAGAUAAUUAUCGAAAAUCGAUAGGCGUAGUUUAGUGGGAUCGAGGUAAGAUUGUUUUUUUUUAAUUCAAUAAUUUCUGCGACCUAUCAUAAUGGUCACCCAAGAGCACAAGCGGUCUACGUAAUUAUAUUUGUUGUGUGCUAUCGCCACCUCCGAUUGAAAUCGAUUGAGUUAUCGUGUGGCUGUGGUCGCAGCGUAGUGAAUCUCCAUGCAUGAUGAAAAUACUGUGUAGUGUAUAAUCCCAAAAGAAAAUAAAUAAAUCCUACAUUCAACAAGUGAAACAACGUCUUUUCAGCAUUUGGGAACUGUAGUAAUUGUAAAAGAAUUUAAUUAUAAAAAAGAGCAACAAGGUAAAAAAGAGGACCUCAAAAUAAAAUCCAUAUGUAUGUUUCCGUGAACAUAUGUGUAUGUAUAUGUGUGUCUGCAAUUGACGUAGAUUUGAGGCAACGGAAACUAGAAAACAGCGAUCAGCAUGAGCUGCUUUAGUGCAAUGAAUACUCCCCUACUUGGGGAAAUGGAACAGACCAUAUCGAUGUUGGAGCGAGGCACAAUAGUUACGAAAUUAUAUGGAAAGCAAAGACGUCCCGAUCGACGUCAUCUCAUGCUCAUUCGGGAGGCUCGUCAGCUGUUAUGGUCAACAGUGGCUGCAGAGACCCGGACCGACUAUGAAGGAACCAUCGAGUUGCGUGAAAUUCGAGAGAUACGGGUGGGGAAGAACUCCAAAGAGUUUCGCCUACAUGCCGAUGACUGCCAACGCUUUGAUGGGAGCAAAUGUUUCGUCAUUUUGUAUGGCAACAAUUUUAAAUUGAAAAGCUUCUCAGUCGUUGCUCUAUCUGAGGCUGAGGCCGACAAUUGGGUGCGAGGGUUACGCUAUAUGGUGAAAGACACCAUUAAUGCGCCGUAUCCGUUGCAAAUAGAUCGCUGGCUACGACGGGAAUACUACUCGAUCGAGAACAUUCACGCACACUCCUCAAAAUCCGAACAGUGCACUCCAGUCACAAUCAAGGACUUCAAAAUGUUCUUGGCUGGGGUGAGCUGUAAAAUGACGACGAGUAAAUUUAUGGAGAACUUCUCGGAUGAUGUGAGGCGGAAGCACGAUCUGAAAUUCGAUGAUUUUUCGCGGCUGUAUCAGAAGCUUUUGCUACCAGCCAAUUUUAUAAGCAUUCUUUGUGGAGUUACUGAGUUCUCAUAUUCAGAAGAUCAGAAAACUGUGCGACCUCACGAAUUCAGGAAGUUCUUACAGGUUGAGCAGCGUGAUCCCAAUAUAGGGGAGCUCAAUUCGAUUUCCGGUUUUAUUCGGGAUUUUGUGCAAGACGUUGAACGGGAUGUUCAGGAACCAUACCUCACAAUACCCGAAUUCGUAGAUUAUCUCUUCUCCAAGCAGAAUGAUUUGUGGGAUAAAAAAUUCGACGCAGUGUUCAUGGAUAUGAACCAGCCGUUGUCUUCCUAUUGGAUUGCAUCAUCCCACAAUACAUAUUUGACUGGUGAUCAGUUUUCUAGCGAGUCUUCCUGCGAAGCGUACGCGCGAGCCCUUCGCAUGGGGUGUCGCUGUAUUGAGCUAGACUGUUGGAAUGGUCCUGACAAUUUGCCCUAUAUAUUUCAUGGCCAUACAAUGACUUCGAAAAUUAAGUUCAUGGAUGUUAUAAAGACAAUCAAGGACCAUGCAUUUGCGACGUCUGAAUAUCCGGUAAUUUUAUCGAUCGAACAAAACUGUUCAUUGGAGCAACAAAGAAAUAUGGCCCAAGCCCUUAUUGAGGUUUUUGGAGAUUUACUUCUCACUCAACCUUGUGAUCGCAAUGAAACACAUUUACCAUCGCCUUAUCAACUGCGUCGUAAAAUUAUUCUGAAGCAUAAAAAAUUACCACAAUUCGAUGAAAACCUUAGUACAAUCAAUUUACCCACAUCUAACGUUAGUAAUGGCACAAUGACUUUUAAUCACCGAUCUUCUAUAACCGGAACUGUUGAUGAUAACGACAGUGUACGCAGAGUGUUGAAAGAGGGUCUUCUAUAUUUUAAAGACCCCGUCGAUAAGUCCUGGAAUCUUUAUCAAUUUGUGUUGACACAACAAGAGUUAAUAUAUUCGUCUGAGAUCAAUGAGAAUCGGAAUGGGAACUCAGAGGAUGAUGAUUUUGGCCUUUCGACGUGCUCCUUGAAUAGCACAAUUCAGCAAAAGCAAAAGGAUACUUCUGCAAAUGAUGAGCUGCAUUUUGGAGAGAAUUGGUUCCACGGCAAAUUAGAAGGUGGCCGACAAGAAGCUGAUCAAUUGCUGCAAAAGUAUAAACAUUUGGGUGAUGGCACUUUCUUAGUGAGAGAGUCAGCAACAUUUGUGGGUGACUAUAGCUUAUCUUUUUGGCGUCGAAAUCGGCCAAACCACUGUCGUAUUAAACUAAAGCAUGACAACGGAUCGAUUAAAUACUAUCUAGUCGAGAACUUCGUAUUCGAUUCAUUAUACUCGCUGAUUGUGUACUAUAGGAAGAAUAUGUUACGCAGUUCCGAGUUCUCCAUCAUUUUAAAAGAGCCAGUGCCUCAACCCAAGAAGCACGAAAGCCAAGAAUGGUUCCAUCCCAAUACCACAAAAGAACAAGCAGAACAAAGUCUUUAUAAAUUGGAAAUCGGUUCGUUUUUGGUGCGCCCUUCAGUUCAAAGUCUAAAUGCUUUUGUCAUAUCAUUCACCAUUAAUCGUAAAAUAAAGCAUUGCCGAAUUAUUCAAGAAGGCCGCCUAUAUGCGAUUGAUACGAUGCAAUUUGAAUCCCUUGUGUCUUUAAUUCAUUAUUAUAUGCGUAAUCCGCUUUAUCGCAACGUAAAACUAGUCCAUCCCGUUUCGCAGGAGUUGUUGAGGCAAACGCUUCUCGAAAACUCACAAUUCGAUCAUGGUAGCGCGGACGGCACAGCCGCCUCUAACUAUAUGGGCUCCAAUUUGGAAGAAUAUGUUACCUGCAAGGCACUGUACAGCUACAAGGCCGACAAACCCGACGAGCUAUCGUUCCCCAAACAUGCAAUAAUUACCAAUGUUCAACGGAAUAACUCGAUGUGGUGGAAAGGCGAUUACGGUGGCAUGAUUCAACACCAUCUCCCAGCGAAUUAUGUCAAGGUUAUUGACUCGGCUACUGAGGAUUAUAAUUCGCUUAAUGAUGACGGCAACGAUAGUCGCACCGAUUCAAUAGAGAUAUAUGGAGCUGUGGCAUCUUUCUUUGAAUCCAAUGAGCCUGGAAUUUUGAUUAAGCUUCAAAUUCAGACACCAACAAUGCAAAAUCCAUUUAUAAUCGGUUUCGACAAUCAAGAGACGGCCUAUGAGUGGAUUAAGGCCAUACAGGAUGCUGCCCUAAUAGCCAGUCAAUUGGCUACAGAGAGACGCAAAAAGGAGCGCACCGCUCGUGUUGCAAAGGAAAUGUCCGAUUUAAUCAUAUAUUUUCGCAGUGUGCCGUUUCGCGAGCACUCCUGGAUAUUUCAGGAGAUGUCCAGCUUUCCGGAAACUAAAGCGGAGAAACAAUUCUUUCAACAAAACAUGCAGCUAUUCCUAUCAUACCAUCGCAAUCAAAUAAGUCGAGUGUACCCGAAGGGACAGCGUCUGGACUCAUCCAAUUUUAAUCCAGUACCAUUCUGGAACAUCGGAUCUCAGAUGAUAGCACUCAACUAUCAGACUGGUGACAAGGCCAUGCAAUUGAAUCAGUCGAAAUUCCGCAAUAAUGGACAAUGUGGUUAUAUAUUAAAGCCGGCCUUCAUGAUGCUGGAUAGCUUUAAUCCCAAUAACCCAUUAUCGGAUGGACUUAAUGAAAUUAAAGUCUCGAUACGCAUUAUUGCCGCCCGACAUCUAUUUCGUGGUGGAAAAUCGAACAAUCCACAGAUUGUGGUGGAAAUUUGCGGCGCCUCGUUCGAUAGUGGUAUCAAAUAUCGCACUAAAGUAAACGAGAAUGGUUUCCAUCCCAUAUGGAACGAAUCCUGUGAGUUCAUCGUGCGCAAUCCCCAGCUGGCUUUGCUAAGAUUUGAGGUCCAGGACGAGGAUAUGUUUGCCGAAACGCAUUUCAUAGCGCAGGCUUGCUAUCCUUUAAAUUGCGUACGCCAAGGCUAUCGCAGUGUUAUCCUGCGCAACAAAUUUAGCGAAGAGCUUGAGCUCUCUUCCCUGCUUAUCCAUUUAAAUACUGUAAAUGUUUCAUAAUUAAGGCAAAGAUUUGAUUCUAAACAAGCUUACGUACAAAAUGAAUAUAUCAAUGAAAUGAAAAGGAUUGCGCAUUUCCAUGACAAAUGUCAUGGCUGCAUAUAAGCAUUCCUAGAAUCGAUGUACUAAACAAAUUUUUAAAUGUGCUUCCAUAACAUUGUAUGUAUGUGUAUCUAUUUAUGUAUGACCAUUUAUUUAUUAUUCUUUAAAGUGCCUACAUAUGUAUGUACUAUGGACUUCUUUACUGAGAUUUAUGACUUGCAUUUUUA